CCGCUUCCGGCGGGGGCACUGGCGCCUGCGCAGUGUGCGCUGUUGCUGGCGGUGGUUAUGGAGAUGCGGAGCGCGGCCUGGGCUGCGGCGCUUGGACCUGUCGGCGGGCGGACGUCGGAUCGCGGCGCCGGGAGGCAGGCUGCCCUUCUGGAAGUGCGAAGCAAUAAGACCGCCUGCUGUCAGAGGCUAUUUUGCCAGAAGCUAGAAGCUUAAAACUCCAGAAUGCCCCACAAAAUUGGAUUUGUUGCUAUAAGCUCAUCUGGCCAUGAAGAUGGUUAUAAUUCAAAUGAACUGAUGGUGCAUGCACCGACAGUUAAUGGCUGGCGGUCUCCGAGGUUCUGCCUCUACCCACAGGAGAUCAUCCUACAAAUGGUGGAGCGUUGUAGGAUUCGCAAACUUCAGUUACUUGCACACCAGUACUUGAUUUCUACAAAAAUUGAAUUUUACAUCAGUGAAAGUCUUCCAGAUCACUUUGGGUCCCAGCAUGUGGACAGAUUCCGUAGACUUGGGUAUGUUUCACUUUCAGAUAAUCAGAAGACGGGGUUCAAAGCUCGAGAACUUAAGUCUGUCCAUGUUGAUGCGGUUGGGAAAUAUCUGAAAUUAACAUUGCACAAGAAUCAUGUCAACAGAUACAACUUGUACAACCAGGUAGCACUGGUGGCUGUAAAUAUCCUUGGAGAACCAGUGGAAUACAAGGAGACUUGUACAACUCCUUCGAAAGACAAGUUGAUUGAUCACUAUCUUGGAUGUAGCCCAGACGAUCCAGCACUUGAUGGAACUUACUUUGGCAAGUCAGAGGUUAUCUCGCCCCUGGAUGACUUGGCCUUUGAUAUGUACCAAGAUCCUGAGGUGGCCCAAAUAAUACGCAAAUUGGAUGAAGAGAAACGUGAAGCAGUUAAACAUGAGCGCUAUGAUUUCGCAAAGAAACUUAAACAAGCUAUAGCUGAUCUUCAGAAGGUGGGAGAACGUCUCGGCCGUUAUGAGGUGGAAAAGCGAUGUGCAAUAGAGAAAGAGGACUAUGAUCUGGCGAAGCAGAAAAAAUCACAAAUGGAUGAUUACAGAAUGAAGGUUUACAAGCAACUGGAGCUACAUAACUUGUUAGACAUGGGAAUGAUUCGAAAACUUCCUGAGUUUCCUCUUGAACCAGUGGAUCACCCCAGUAGGCCUCAGCAGCAGCAAAAGGUUCCAGGAGUAGAAUUCGAGCAGCCAUCUGUGAAAGCCCAUCUGGAAGAAGCACCUCGAACAAAUUCCAGUCUACAACACCAGACUUCUGGAAAGCCACAGUGGUCUCCUACACCACAGCAUUCUCCUGUUCCACCUUUCAGGUUACCUUCUCCAAGGGUGGAUACUAAUUCACUUCCCUAUGACGAGAGACCACUACCAGCUCAACACAAGCCCUCAGAAUUGUACAGUGUUCCCCAACCAGACAUUAAUGAGAAUCCUGCUAAAAGUGCAGACACUUCACCUACAUCAGGAAGUGGAAUCACUGGCGAACCAGAGCCACUUACUGAGAAAGCUUUCAGAGAAGCUAGUUUUGCCAUUGAUUUAUUUGGAGAGGCUCUGGUGGCUGGUGCGUAUUCAAAAACUUGGUCAUACAGGGAAGACGCUUUGCUGGCUGUUUAUAAAAAGCUUUCCACUGUUUCUGAUGAUGUAUCCAAGGAUGAGCUAAAGAAUAUGUUACGAGCAGCAAUCUUUCUUGUUCGUAGAGCUAUUAAGGACAAAGUAUCAUCUGUUUUCCAAGCCUCUCUGAAGUUGCUAAAAAUGCUGAUAACACAGUAUGCACCCAAACACAAGCUGGGCAAAGUGGAAAUUGCACAUUGUGUUGAGAAAACGUUACCCAUCCUCCUUAGCAAGACUGGAGACGCGACAACACAUCUACGAGUGGCCGCAAUGAAUUUCAUACAAGAAAUGGCGCUGCUGAAAGAAGUACGACCACUUCAUAUUAUCCCACCCCAGUUAAUGCAGCCUCUGAAACCACAAGUUCCAGUCCGCUUGGUAAUAAAUCAAACUGAAUUGGUGGAGCGUUUAUUGAAGGAGUUGGGCACAGAUAAUAGUGGCUUCACUGUCGACAAUGUCAUGAAGUUUGCAGCAGAAGCUUUGGAACACUCAGCAUCAGAAGUCCGAGAUACAGCUGUACGGAUUAUCUUUGGCAUGUAUCAACAGCACAGGAGUGCAAUUUUGCACUAUCUUCCACCAGAUGAUGCAAAUAUUCGCAGGAAUGUGCUGUACAAAUCACUUUUUGAUGGGUUUGCAAAAAUUGACGGGAAGCCAACAAAAACUGAACAACGAGCACAUAAAAAGGCAGCUGCAGAAGAGGCAGAAAGACGCAAGAAGGAGGAAAUUCGAGUUCUUCAGGAGCAGCUAGCGGCAUUGAGAGAAAUACAGGCUGAAGUCCAGGCUGAAAAGGGGAAAGAUGUUGAAAACAGCAAACAUUCUAAACCAGAUCAUGGGACAAAAAUUCCUGUCUCACAGCCAGAGUUGCCAAUUGAACAGUCCACAGUUGCUGAUUAUUUGGAUAAUUUGUGCAUAUUCUGUGGGGAGAGGAAUGAAAUGUUUACUGAUGAAGGCUUGGACAUCCAUUACUGGAAGCACUGUCCAAUGUUGAGACGCUGUGAACAUUGCAAACAGGUAGUAGAAAUAGCCAGUCUCACUGAGCACAGACUGACUGAGUGUGAUAAGAAAGAUAGCUUUGGAAAGUGUCCUCGUUGUGGUGAGGCAAUAGCAAGAGAGGAUCUCCAGGAGCAUCUGAAGGUGAAAAACUGCAAUGCUGCAAAGCCUGAGAAAAUUGCCAAUCACUGUCCACUCUGCCAUGAAAAUUUCCAACCAGGAGAGGAGCCUUGGAAACUACAUCUCAUGGGAAGAGACGGCUGUAAAAUGAACCCCCGCAGAAUGCAGACAUUACAGAGGACCCAGCAACUCCAAGCAAAACCAGGAACUACGGCUCCUUCUAGGCCAGGUCCCACAGGAAUUAAAGGACGUUCUCCAACCACCACCAGCAAAAUCCCUGCUCCAAGAGCAGGAUUAAACAAAACCACAAGCAGAACUCUAAAUCGUCGAUGAUUCAUUCCUGAUAAGGCACACAGCAAGCCUAAUGAAACUUCUGCAUCAUCAAUUCAAAACAUUUGGGUUUGCAUUGCCAUUUGUGAAAGUGCACAGGGCUGUAAGAUCACAAUAUCACCAAUAAGGGGUGAAAGACUUACCAUGAAGGUAAAGAACUCCUGACCUCUUGGAGUCAUUUUGAAGUUCUAUCAAACAUCUACUCAGACGGGACUCUAACCUAGUUCUUUAAAGAACUUCAGUGGUACUAAGGAAAAAAAUGGAGUUCAGUAAACUUAUAUUUUCCAUUACAGAAACCUGCCUAGGAACCAUAUACAGAAUAUUUUGAAAGGGAGUAAUCUACUGAAUCCUGUUUUAACAGAACUGCUUCCUUGUACAAUUUACACUUUUUCUGUUGCUUACGUUUCACUCACCAAUCUUAGAUAAGAAUGCAAACACACAGCUGUGGACUAAUCGAUUGUGGGAGUCCUUGGAGUACAUUUUUUUAAAUUUAUGCGCGGUCAUUCCCUUUUUAAUUAUGUGCAUGCUUGAACAGAUGACCAGAGCAACAAUUGAAUUUGCGUUAUCCACAUGGUUUGUCUGAACGGAUGGAUCCGGUCCUGGCUUUGCCAUUUUCAAUAAGUGUCCAAGUUCGUACAUAGCUCUGAAACGACGUUCACAAAGUGGGCAUCAACCCCAAUCCUGCCCAAAGCCUUUUAAAAAAAAAUCAGCUUGUGGCCAACGCAGUCAAAGGCUUUGGCUAAAUCUAUAUUUAAAAUAAACGCUGCCAGAUCCUUGCGAUUCCUCUUGGCCCCCGUCAUUAAAUUAUUUAAAAUGGCAUUGUUUUGGUUACAUCUAGGAGUGGCCGGAAUGAAUCCUUUCUUACGACUAUUAAGGGUUAUCACAUUAGCCAACAUUUCGGCUAAAAUUUUGAUAACAAUCCUCAAUAGUAUUGACCUGAUGGAGGUGGGUUGCUAUUUGACAAUUAAUUUUAAUUUAUUGACGUCUUCCUACUUGGGAAUAAUGACUGUCCAGCUGUUGUUAGUAUUAGAAUUUUACCACGUUUUAUCCAAGAGGAAAACAUUCUGGUUAAAAUAGUGAUGUCUAGUUUGUGAACCCCAUUCGGAUUAAGCAGGCCAGCCACAGUGUCCCUUCUAAAAUCAUCAAUAGCAUUUAAAACCUUGGUUGCACUAAAAUCUUGUAAAAGGAAUAACUUGUUAGCCUGCUUCAAAGUGAAGGAGAGCUUUCAUACAAUCAUUUGAGGGACAUUGGAUCAAGCUUAUCGUGACCAGAUAAAUCAUUCACUUUUUGAGGCUGGACUGAAAGCAAGUACUGUCAUUUACAAUAGAAAAAACUUUGAAGUAAGUAGUUGUAACAAAAAUUUUAUGAAAUAAAUCUAGCAAAUAUUUCUACGAACUUGACAUGGGAGUUCAGUUUGAGAUGGAUUGAGAAAAACUAGGCAACAGGGCUCUCAUUGCAGUUCUUUCAUGAAUCUCUGGUGCACAAGUCUGAUUGCUUUUACUACAUGAAUAGGCUCAUUUACAGUGAAAUGACUUAACUGCUUAUGUAAACACUUGACAAGGAAAAUAUUGAUGGUAAAAAUGCAUUAGGGAGAUGCAUGAAGUAAAAUAAAAGACAGUAUUUCUAGCUUCAUGUUUUGAUGUUAAGUAAUUGCCUGGGUGGAGCACAUAAUGAAACGUCAAUUGAAGAGGGAUACACACUUACAAUUCACCUGAUUUUUGAUUUACUUAAGUUAUGCAGGCAGUUAUUUAAUGAAAUACUGGAACGUGUGCAAAAAAAUCUGUGAAAAAAGUAUUCUCUUAUUGAAAUCUUUAAUGCCUCUGUCUUCAUCUGCAAUGCACACUUUCUCGUUUAAAGUUGAAUCCCACCCAUUUCUUCCUGGGUUGCUGAAUGCAGUUUUUUUUUUGUGGAAAUAUUUCCCAAACAAAAAAAAAUCCUGAAAUUUUGUUUUUUAUUAGACCUGUGCUGUCUGUGGGGCGUUUGUUCAGACCAAAGGCUGGAGCAAGAUUGUCCUAUGAUGUCAAAGUAAUAGGAAAGCAUUAUCCACUUUAAAUGUCAGAAGCAGCAUGAAAAUUUUUAACACUUAACAAUCGCCAUCGAAUAAAAUUACUUCGGAUCGCUGGAACUGUAGAGUUUGUUCAGGUUAACUAUUCCUUUACAUUUUAACCAAGAUUAAAAUGGCUGUGCAUUUGACAAAGUCAGCUCUGGUCAAACUCUAGAAGUGGGACUUAAAAGGGAUUUCCAGUUCUGAUGCUGAAGGUUCGGUAUCACACAGUCCUGCCAAGCCUUAGCUGAUUAAAAACAAAAUUACCAGAACAAUCUUAAGCAUAUGACAGUUAUUCAAAGUUUUUAUGUAAUCUGAUUUAAUCUUGUUUUGCUUUAGAUUCAUGUUUUCAAAGUAUUUAACAAAACUGAGUAAAGUAUUGUUGGGUUUGAGCCUUUUAAAUAAUGUAUUAAUGCUUAAUCACAGUGGUUCAGCAGUUGAAGAGAGAUUGAAAGUACUUUGUUCAAGAUUCCAUUAAUGUAUUUCAAAAUCAAAUAUUUAAUGUAUAUUUUAGUGAUGUGACUUGUACAUAUCCUUGUCAAAUGUGCCUAGUUUUGUAUUUAUUACACUUUCCUGUAACAUUUAAUUUGCCUUCAUUAAUUCAUGUUAGAUUUUAUUCAGUCCUCAAGUUUCCAUGACCCCAAACAUUUAGUGCUUUUAAAUGAACUGUGCAGAACUGUAUGCAUUGGGAGAAGUGAAAUAGCUUUUUCCUUUAUUUCUUCCCCUCCCCUCUUGAAAAGUUUUUGGUUGCUGGUCACUACCCUUGUAAUGACUUUGCAUACUGUCCACCUUAAUAGUAAGUAUUAGCAGGCUAUUCUUGAGAGAGAACAUCAAUUCUGUCAUUUUUCACGUACAUAUUUCCAGAAAUGAGUCCCAGCCAAUACUCAGAGCUCAGUGCCUGACUAAUUUAUUAUUCUUUUAAUCAAAGAAAGAUAAGGCUGAUUAUAGAAUUCUUGCUCAGCAAGGAUUAUUACUUUCAUAGAACAUAAGCAAUUUGGUUACUGGAUAAACUGGGAAGAACUGGCCAAUUCCCAGGCCUAUCCCCCUGUGCAGACCUCUGAUGGGAAACGCAAAACGCAACCUACCCUUUUUUUUGUUUUCUCUUCCCAUAUCUUUAUUAAGUUUAAAAAAAAUCUCCAAAUCACUCAAGGAAAUUGUGAAAAGAUAAGCCUAUGAAAAUACCUAACUGUGAGAUGCUGAAUGCCCAACUCCCGUACCGUGUCUUGCAAAUUUGCAAUUAAACUAAACUUUACAUCCAGCAGGGUAAAAAGAAUACAGAUUUGCACUUUAAUUGUGCAAAAUACUUUGAAAUGUAUUUCCAUCUGUUUGAGUCAUGAUGGUCAAGAACCCAAUCUCUGUAUGAGUAGACUUGGGUGAAUGAUUAUUUUCCCCAUUAAAUGCUGAAUUUCUUCCAGGUAAUUAUCAAUUCAGGAACAUUGUCAAACAAAAUUUAACUGAGCUCCAAAGCAAAUAUUGGAGUAAGUCUGCAACCUGAAAAGUUAACUGUUUCCUCUUUCCAUGGAUGCUGCUUAAUCUGCUGAUAGUUUCCAGUAUUUUGUUUUUUUUUAAAUUUCAGAUAUUAGAGCAGAUGGCCAAUAGAUUGAUCAAGAAGGUAUGUUUUAAGGAAUUUCAUGAAGAAUAGAUACUUUCAGAGGGUCAUAGGACUGGAGGAGAUUAUGCAGGUGUGGGGGCAUUAGGCUGUGGUGGUAUUUUGAAAAGGAUAAGAAUUGUGAAACCUAGAGCAUGCCUUAAUUGGAAACCGGAAAUAGGCUCAUUAGCGCACACUUCAUGGGUGAAUAGAACCUGAUGCAAAUUAGCACACAAGCAGAAAAGUUUUCAGUGACCUCGAGUUGAGAGAGGUGAACUUUGGAUGGCAGCUAGGAAUUCAUUGGAAUAGUUGACUCUUACAAUAAUAAAGGUUUGAAUGAGAUUUGGUCAAUAGCAAUGAUGGAAAUAUUGAAUCUUGGUGAAAUCUGAGACUCAUCUUUGCACCAAGAUUAUGACUGGUUUCAGACAAUUCCCAAGGAGAGGAACGUCUUUGAAUGGCGUUUGUUUUAAUUGGAUUGCAUUAAACUUUUUAAUUGCUGUAUGAUUAAAAAUCACAAUAACCCAGAGUAAAUCAAAAUAGCAUUCAUUU